AGCGAGCCGAAUUCUUGGAUAAAGUUACUGAAAUUCUAUCGGUGCUUUGGAUAUGUUUACAACUAACUGAAAGGACUGUAAAAGAGGUAUGGUCUAAAGUUAAAAAGUGUUUAAGGUCGGACUUGUUAACUCGCUUGAUUUCUGAUAAGUCAUUCAAUAAUUUUGAAGUGGAAGAAAUACAGUAUUUAGAUAGUGAGGUAAGAGAUAGUUAUGAUUUGGAGACUGAUAGUUAUAGUGAUAUAAGUAGACCGAAAGUUUGUGGACCAAUGUAUCGGGCUUCCAGUAGUUCAGAGGAAGAUUUUUCGAUAGAAUAUUCUUUGCCAGAGCAGCGAAAAUUGGAAUAUGGUGAGUAUGAGGUUGUUAAACUUACUUCUAAGGGUUUUGAACGAUAUAAAGAAUUGGAAGAAUGA